CCACAGUUGUUCACAAACCAUCCAACAUUUUAUUCUUUUUUUCCUAUUUAAUAUGCGAUAUAGGUACAUGAUACGUUUGUAUAUGUGAAAGGUUUUUUCUGAAUUCAUUCACCUGUUAAAUGUUAAUUUUCAUUUUAUUGUUCAUAAAAUCUUAAAAUCUCUAUGCUUCUACGCGCAAAUGUGUGAUUACUGAUUACUUGUAUGUCAGAAGAACUACUGUCUACAAGUCGCGUGUGCCUUUAGUUGCAACAUCGGUGCGAAAUAUACGAAAUGGAUACAUAACAUACAAAGUACGUGAAACUGUUUGUAAAUACAAAGUAUUGUGGAAAAGGUUAUUUAUAUUUUCUAACCAAUAGAUUACAAAAAUAAGUUACCAUGACUGUGAUGUCUCAAGAAGAAAUGAUGGUUGGUAUUAAGACUGUUGCCCAAGGAUUGGAAGCCCUGAAAAAUGAGUUAACAGCAUCUAAUAACCCUUCUGGUCAAAAUACAAUGCAACCAGAGGAAAAACAGUCAAUGCUUCAAAAAACUUUAGAUAUGACAGAAUUGGGUCUUGGAGAAGCUCAGGUUAUGUUAGCUUUGGCUUCCCAUCUUCAAAAUGUAGAAGCAGAAAAACAAAAAUUAAGAACUCAGGUCCGUAGACUUUGUCAAGAAAACGCGUGGCUAAGAGAUGAAUUAGCAAAUACACAACAAAAAUUACAGGCUUCUGAACAGGCUGUUGCAUUAUUAGAUGAACAAAAUAAACAUUUAGAGUUUAUGGCAUCUAUCAGUAAAUUUGAUGCUGAUAAGACUGAAGAUCAAACCGAAAACAAACAAGAAAAAUCUAAAAACGAUGAUCCGGUUGUUGAUUUAUUUCCAGAUGAUGAAAAUGAAGAAAGAAAUACAUUAUCACCUACACCACCAUCACAGUUUGCUCAACAAGUAAAUGCUGGAGCUGGUUAUGAGAUUCCGGCACGUUUAAGGACAUUACAUAAUUUAGUGAUUCAAUAUGCGUCCCAAGGAAGAUAUGAAGUUGCUGUCCCAUUAUGUAAACAAGCUUUGGAGGAUUUAGAAAAAACAUCAGGCCAUGAUCACCCAGACGUAGCUACCAUGUUGAAUAUUUUAGCUCUUGUCUAUAGAGAUCAAAACAAGUAUAAAGAUGCUGCUAAUUUACUGAAUGAUGCUUUGGCAAUACGUGAAAAGACUUUAGGAGAAAAUCAUCCCGCUGUCGCAGCAACAUUAAACAAUUUAGCUGUACUUUAUGGAAAACGAGGUAAAUACAAAGACGCUGAACCGUUGUGUAAACGAGCUUUAGAAAUCAGAGAAGCAGUAUUAGGUAAAGGACAUCCAGAUGUAGCUAAACAAUUGAACAACUUAGCCCUGCUGUGCCAAAAUCAAGGUAAAUAUGAAGAAGUAGAACGAUAUUAUCAACGGGCAUUGGAAAUAUAUGAAAAGAAGCUAGGACCGGAUGAUCCCAAUGUAGCUAAAACAAAAAAUAAUUUAGCUUCCUGUUAUUUAAAACAAGGCAAAUAUAAGGAAGCUGAAAUACUAUAUAAACAGGUGUUAACUAGAGCUCAUGAAAGAGAGUUUGGAACAAUAGAUGGCGAUAAUAAACCAAUAUGGCAGGUGGCUGAAGAACGUGAAGAAAAUAAAAACAAAAGUACAGGUGCAGCACCAUAUACAGAGUAUGGUGGUUGGCAUAAAGCUGCUAAAGUAGAUUCACCAACAGUAACUACCACACUUAAAAAUCUAGGAGCAUUAUACAGAAGACAAGGAAAAUAUGAAGCUGCAGAAACUCUUGAAGACUGUGCAUUACGUUCUAGAAAAGAGGCUUUUGAUAUAGUAAAACAAGCCAAAGUUGCACAGAUUCUUAGUGGAUCAACUAGUAGUGUAAAUAGUAAUGACAGGAGAAACCGAUCAAGUCGUUUGAUUGGUUCUAGGGAAUCAUUGGAGUAUGAUACCAGUUCUACUGGAACAAAAUUAGACGAGAGCGGGGCUGAGUUGGGCAAACAAAGCGGCUUGAAAACAAAACUAUUCAGUGCUCUAGGGCUGAACAACUCCUCUUCUGCCUGAUUAAAUGUAUCUGGAGAGAAAUUAUCGAGGCUGUGGCUGUGGGACAUUAUUUUACACUAAUAAAUAUAAAUAUAUUUUAUUGUUUAUUAUUUUACUUAUUUAUUAUUUUUAACAUCAUAAUAUUUAUUAUAAUUAUUAUUAUUUAUUUAUUAUUAUUAUUAUUAUUAUUAUAAUUUUUUUUUUUUUUGUAAUUUGUGUUUGAUUUGAUACAAUUUUGAAUUAUUAUUUAUAAGUUUUAAUUAAUUAUUACAAGUUGAAUUAAUGUGGAUGAUCAAUCAAAAUAAAAAUAGGUUUCAUUUUUAAGUAAACCAUUUAAUUUUAAUUAUACUUAUUGUAGUAUUGAAAAAUUAAAAAAUGUAUUUCUUAGUUUUA